AUGCUCUCACUCCAUGCUGCUGGGAUCCAAGCAAGUCUUAGUUUGGGACCUGAUGGGAACCUUCCAAGGCUCAGGGACAUAUUCCUGUUCGCCUUGAGCCACGACGAUGCCCCCUCUCUGCUGGUGAACGUCUGCUGCCUCCUGCUGGUGGGCCCGUGUCAGGAGCGGCGCUGGGGCACGGUGGCCUUCCUGGGGCUGGCAGCUGUGUCCUGGGCCGCGGUGCCCUGUGCCUACUCCCUGGUGCUCUGGGUGGGUGUGGGCGAUGCCAGCCGGGUGUGUGGAUACUCCGCGGUGCAGCUGGCCUUGUUCACAGCACAGUGCAGACAGGUGAAGGGCAGGAGGCUGGGCUGUGUCCCCGUGUGGCUCCUGCCCUGGACUGCCCUGCUCCUGGCCCUGCUGCUGCUGCCUGGGACCCCCGCCCUGCUGCACUUCUGCGCCAUCUGCAUCGGACACAACUACAGCGUACAUUUCAUCGGGACACUACAGGAGCUGGAGCGCCUCAGCCUGGUGCACCGUGUCCCAGAGUGGGCCUUCAUCUCCUCCCCCUCCAGGAUCAGACUCCCCACACACUCUGCCUCACACAGAUUUAGUCAACCGUCUGAGCCAGGCCCCCCGGUGAGCUCCUAUCACCCUUUCUCUGGAACCGGCCCUGGGAUGGACCUCUUUGAGCCUGGGCAAAGUUCUAGUUGGAGCUCAGACCACUUUCAUGGUGCGACUGAAGUGGAAGUUUUGGAGGAGCAGAUGUUCCGGGCUGGGAUCCUGGCUUCUCUGCAGGAUUAUCCCGACAGUGCUUACUCCCUGGGGUCUUCACAUUUCCCUCAGGCCACAUCUGGGGUCCGGUCCUCCCUACAAGACCCUCUGGACUCUCCGCAGGCAAAAGUGGAGCUGCCCAAGUCCUCCGUCUCCUCCCUUAGGCUGCAGCAGCUGCAGAGGAUGGGCUUCUGCACAGAGAAGGCGGUGGUGGCGCUGGCAGCUUCCAAACAGCUAGAGGGCGCUGUGUCUCUGCUUGUGCACGACUCGAUCGGCCCUGAGGCUGUGGUGGUGGGAGCUGCGGCCCCGGGGCCAAGUCCACAUAGAUGA